AUGACAAAAAUCAUUCCAAGUUGGCUUACAGAAGUACGUCCUACUACUCCAAACACUAAUACUAUGACUUCAACAUGGACCUUACCAAAUACUGACUCUUUACUUAAUGGAAGCAAUCAUGUUGACUCUGUUUUCAACACUAGCUUUACUACCGGAAAUGGUGCUUUAUCAGCUUCACCUGAUCAAACUCGUGCUGUUGUCGUUGGGCGUGAAGGUCGUUUUAUUAACAACACAAGCUUUAAGGCGUCAUGCUGGACAAAAGCCUGCGGAUAUCCUGAACAUAAUGGAAUGAAUUUAUGGAAUGUCGUUGUUUCCGCUCAAUAUUUAAGCAAGAGUUGUUAG